AGUGGGAGAGGCUAAGUCAGCCCGCGGCCGUGACUCCUCCGCCGCAGUCGCCGCCGCCGCCGCCGCGCGCCGUUCCGUGCCGGCCGGAGGUGGGCGAGAGGGUGCGAGUGCGCGGAGGAGGAGCCGAGGCGGGCGCGUCCCAGGAGCGCCGCCGCCGCCCCCCGGAGUCGGCUGGAGCAAGGAGCCCCCUGCAGGGGAGGAGGCGAGCGGCGGGCGGGACGCGGCGGCGGGCGCGCACCAUGCAGUCCCGGCGGGGCCAGCGCCGACUGUUCGCGGUGCCGUGAGGCGGCGGGUCCUCCCGGCCGCCGCACCGCCUCCCUCUCGCCUAGGUGCUGCAGGCGCGUUCGCCCUUCGUGCGGCUCCGGGACCCCGGCGGAACGCACGGCCUGCCCCUGCCCUGCCCCGCCCGGAUCAUGCGGGGGGCCCCGGAGGAGGAGAGGGCGAGUGACGGGCCUGCGGCGAUCGCGUUCCGGGGGCGACCCCCUCUUUGAGACGCCCCCACCUGCUGCCAUGUGCCGCCGCCUCGUAUACCCAGCCUGUCGCCAAACUUUCCAGGUGCCAGCUUGGCUCUGAAUCGCGUUUCUGAGCCGAGUGUCCCAAGGACGGAGGACCCAGCCUGGCUGUGGAAUAUCUGCUUCUUUCCGGAUCCGCGGAAAGAAGAGUACUUUCCCUGGAAUCGGAGCCCUAACCGCCCCUCCCAAACCCUAUCCGGAGAAGGAGCUAAGCACGGAGGGAGGCAGCGCCUUCCCGAAACAGUUUGUCUUGGGGCGGAUUUCUUGAAGAGAGAAAGAGCCAACAGGUUGCCAGCCCCGGCGCCACACACACGUCGGCGGAGAGGGAAGCCCGGUCCCGGCUUCCCCGGCCUGCGUCGGCCCCGCGCGGGCUGAGCGAGGCGAGGGGGAGGGGGGGGCUAUGGCUCGGCCUGACCCUUCUGCGCCGCCCUCGCUGCUGCUGCUGCUGCUGGCGCAGCUGGCAGGCCGAGCGGUGGCCGCCUCGAAGGCCCCGGUGUGCCAGAAAAUCACGGUGCCCAUGUGCCGCGGCAUCGGCUACAACCUGACGCACAUGCCCAACCAGUUCAACCACGACACCCAGGAGGAGGCGGGCCUGGAGGUGCACCAAUUCUGGCCGCUGGUGGAGAUCCACUGCUCUCCGGACCUGCUCUUCUUCCUGUGCUCCAUGUACACGCCCAUCUGCCUGCCGGACUAUCACAAGCCCCUGCCGCCCUGCCGCUCCGUGUGCGAGCGCGCCAAGGCCGGCUGCUCGCCGCUCAUGCGCCAGUAUGGCUUCGCGUGGCCCGAGCGCAUGAGCUGCGACCGCCUCCCCGUGCUGGGGCGCGACGCCGAGGUCCUGUGCAUGGAUUACAAUCGCAGCGAGGCCACCACGGUGCCUCCUAGGCUCUUCCCGGCCAAGCCCACCCUCCCAGGCCCGCCGGGGGCACCCUCCUCGGGAGGUGAGUGCGCCGCCGGGGGCCCGUCGGUGUGCAAGUGCCGGGAACCCUUCGUGCCCAUUCUGAAGGAGUCGCACCCGCUCUACAACAAGGUGCGGACGGGCCAGGUACCCAACUGCGCGGUGCCCUGCUACCAGCCCUCCUUCAGCCCCGACGAGCGCACGUUCGCCACCUUCUGGAUCGGCCUGUGGUCCGUGCUGUGCUUCAUCUCCACCUCCACCACCGUGGCUACCUUCCUGAUAGACAUGGAACGCUUCCGCUACCCUGAGCGCCCCAUCAUCUUCCUGUCCGCUUGCUACUUGUGCGUGUCUUUGGGCUUCCUGGUGCGCCUGGUCGUGGGCCAUGCCAGCGUCGCCUGCAGCCGCGAGCACAGCCACAUUCACUACGAGACCACGGGCCCUGCGCUCUGCACGGUAGUCUUCCUGCUGGUCUACUUCUUCGGCAUGGCCAGCUCCAUCUGGUGGGUCAUCCUGUCGCUCACCUGGUUCUUGGCAGCUGGCAUGAAGUGGGGCAACGAGGCCAUCGCAGGCUAUGCGCAGUACUUCCACCUGGCCGCGUGGCUCAUCCCCAGCGUCAAGUCCAUCACCGCACUGGCACUGAGCUCCGUGGAUGGGGAUCCGGUGGCCGGCAUCUGCUAUGUGGGCAACCAGAACCUGAAUUCGCUGCGCGGCUUCGUGCUGGGCCCUCUGGUGCUCUACCUGCUGGUGGGCACGCUCUUCCUCCUGGCAGGCUUCGUGUCGCUCUUCCGCAUCCGCAGCGUCAUCAAGCAGGGCGGCACGAAGACGGACAAGCUGGAGAAGCUCAUGAUCCGAAUUGGCAUCUUCACGCUGCUCUACACCGUGCCCGCCAGCAUCGUGGUGGCCUGUUACCUGUACGAGCAGCACUACCGAGAGAGCUGGGAAGCCGCGCUCACCUGCGCCUGCCCGGGCCCCGACACCGGCCAGCCGCGCGCCAAGCCGGAGUACUGGGUGCUCAUGCUCAAGUACUUCAUGUGCCUCGUGGUGGGCAUCACCUCCGGCGUCUGGAUUUGGUCCAGCAAGACGGUGGAGUCGUGGCGGCGAUUCACCAGCCGCUGCUGCUGCCGCCGGCGACGGGGCCACAAGAGCGGGGGCGCCACAGCCGCCCGGGACUAUGCCGAGGCCAGCGCCGCGCUCACGGGCAGGACCGGGCCGCCGGGCCCCGCCGCAGCCGCCUACCACAAGCAGGUGUCCCUGUCGCACGUGUAGGAGGCCGCGGCCCGGAGUGAGGGGGAGGGGUGUUUUGUUUGGAAGCUUUGCCAAGGUCACUUCCGUUUACCUUCCUGGUGCUGGCGCCCCCUCCUGGGCCAAGCGGGAGCGAGGGGGAAAGGGCCCUUUCAAGGGAGUAGCUGUCCCGGGACUUCUCAGAGGGGCUCAGCUCACGUGUAUUCUGUCUUGCGUUUCUUGCUGCCUUCUUUAAGAGAACUCUGUUUUUAAUUUAAUAUGUAUUUUUUUCUUAAUUUUUAACUUUGUUGCAUUUUGGCAACAAAAUUUACCUUUGCUUUGGGGGCUUUACAAUCCUAACAUUGGCAUUAUCAUGAAGUUCCACUUGAUUGAGGUUUCUUUGAACUGUGUGGUCUGAAUUGGAAAAAUAUAUUUCCUAUAUUUGUGUCUUUUUGACAAAUGUGAACAGUGAAAGUGUGGGUUACUAUGACUGAGAAAUUGAUGGGUGUGCUUUUUCAGCUUGUUUCUCCUCCUGCUGGCAGUGUCCAAGGUGUUUUAAGGUGAGCUGCUUGUCCCUGUUUAUGAAACUCCAGGUCAUGCCAACGAGGGCAGAAUGUGGUUAGGGCCUCCCCAAAGUGGCAGGGUUAGGGAGUGUCAGUGACUGUUUUCAUUCUAGCUUUGUUUAGUGAGCUUCGGGGUUUUUUUCUGUAGUACUUGUAACCAUUCUUAUUCUUAGCAGGACCAGCUUUUUGAAUAAGUUAGAGGUAGCCCUCACAGCGCCCAGCAGAAAUAUUUGGAGUAGUGAAGACCUACGGGAUGGAAAUCGGUUGAGCUUGAAUUCUAGACUGAUAAGAUGGCAGCUCUGUGCCAGAGGAGUGGGUGGUUCUUAAUAGGCUUCAGUGAUCCCAUCUUUUCUUUUUUUUUUUUUUACAAAACAACUUGUGCUAUAAUUUGGUAAAAGUAAACUCACUCCUUCUGGAACUACUUAGUGAUAGUUGCUAAAGGGGGCUGUUUGUAGGUUUAAGGACUAAAAUGGAUAUACCUCCAGUAAUUAAGUAAAUUUCCAACAUUUACUUGCUCCACCCCCACUCCACCUCCUUUAUCAUGUUAAACAGUCUUUUUGCUUUUCUUUUGCCUCCUCCCAGAGAGCUGUGAUUAGAAACCACUCCCACCCUCCAACCAGGUGCUUGAACUGGGGGAGGGAAGCUGGCUACCUGUGAACAAACAUUGGCAGCAAUGAGAGAAAAUAAGUGUCCCUGGAUUUUGGAUUAGUGUACAGCCAGAUACUCCAAAAGCGGCAAGACAUUGCUCUCUGAGGUCGCUGAAAACAAUUGAGGCCCAUAAGCACUUGCAUUAGGUGUACCGCUGUAGCAGGAGGAAAGCUGUUUCUCCAGCCCCCGCCUCAAGGACAUUUUUCUUUCCCCCUUUUUCUGAGAAAGCCGAUGAGUUGAACGCAUACAUACACUUUGCUGUAAGAGGAUUCUGUUUGCUUUCCUAACUUAACCAUUCAUAUAUGAAAGCCUAUAUGAUGAGUAUACACACAGAUUUCUUUACUAUUAGAAAAUUCUGUUUACUUUCCUAAUCUGUUGAACCAUUCAUUCAUGAAGAGUGUGAGGCCGUGACUGGGGAAGAGGGUGAUGGGACAUUGGCCAGCAAAAUACCAAUGACCAAGGUUGAGUGGGGACUAAAUUUAGGAAGCUAAAAUGGCAAAAGCAAUUAAAAUUUGAGAACGUCUCCCUAGGGAGACACGUCUAGGGAAUUUAUGCUUCAUUUAUACCAAAGUUGGAAAAGUAAGAUCGAAGCUCAGUUUAGUUUCUACUUCAUGGAUAUUAAGUAAACAAAUGAAUAGUUCCCAUAGUGAAUUUAAACACUUUGCUGGGGGUGUGGGGAGCCUGGUAUUAUGGUUUUAAGGACUCUCAAAAGCUGUUCAGUUAUAAAAAUGCACUGCUCUUACAUACUCAAAAUUGAAUCAGUUCUCAGUGGAUUUGACAAAACCUAGUACACACAGCUUAGAGAACUUUUUGCACAUCUUAUUCCUCUGCUUAUUCACAUGUCUCAGAACCUUGAGAUAAUUCCCGAGAGCCCAUUCUUCUCCUGUUUUUCAAAUGAGGACCUUUUCUGAGCACCUUGACCUCUUCCCACACUUAGUAUAUUUUCCCAGAAAGGGCAGAUGGUUCUGUUGUCUUCAGUCACUGUGCCUAAUUUGGAUUGUCCCCCCUGCCCUUUUCUUUGUGGAGGAAUCUAGAUAUGAUGCACCGUGUAUCUAAAAGUUGUGGGAUGAGUGGAUGAAAGUAAUUUAAUUCUUCAUUGAAAAAUUUCUUUCAUUUUGGCAACAUGCCCAACUUAAAAAGAACCACCAAUUUACUUUAAAAAAUAAGACAGUUAACACAAAGCAUACUAGGCCCAGGAAAGGCAAUACAGGUAAUGCUUUCUGGGGUCUACUUUCAGAGCUGCCUUUUGGUUUUCAGUCUGUUUUCAGCCUCGCUCUCCUCCUUUCCCUCCAGGAGAAAGCCCACCUGCUUCCCUGAAAUCUCACUAGUAUCUACCACCCCAACCCCUACCCAGGGGAGAGCAGCCGAGCUAUUUAUGGUCAUUCCCUAUUUCCAACCGGAACAUUAUCCCCCCUCCCCCAUUUGCAUUUUUAUUAUGCAAACAAUUCAUACUCAUGAGAACAGUGAUAAAAUGAAAGGUCGUGGGGUGGUUUAGCAAUUUCUUCCCAGCCAGCUUUGUGAAAUUGGAGAGGACUGGGGACUUCUUUUGGCCGCAUAUGUGCAGCCUUGGGGCUGUUCCUUUUUACAGUUCAGUUUUAAGCAAUGUCAUACUUCUAGGUUAGGGGGGUGAAGAUUUAGAAGGUUGUCCAGAGGAACUUAUGUGACCUCUCAGUGAAUCAGUUGUCAUGACCUUAAUUUAUAUUCUUUCCCUCCUCACAUUUUGAAGUUGUCUAAAUCAACAAAUAAUUUUUCUUGGUGCCUUAUUGGUUUAUCCUUGCAAACCUUUUGUCAUAUUUUCACCUGACCACUUCUAAUGACGGGCCUGUGCAAGUGUGUUGUGUGUAAUUGUGCGCAUGUACAAGCUUAAAUAAUGUGCCGACGGCACUGUUUCCAAACUGGUAUUCAUUAGGCUGUUUCCUCCUGGGCCAGGGCUGCACUAAUCCUGACACCGGCCGCCAGGAGCAAGCCUCAUGGAUCCCACACCGAACCUUAAUAACAGCAUCCGUGACCUGCACUGUCAAGAACAGAAUGGGACCCCCAGAGCUAGGAAAUGUAGUUGUAUAUUUUAAUGAACUGCUACCCCUGCUAAAGAGGCUUCUUUCACUUUUGUGCUCUACAGAAAAACCAAGGGGGGUAGAAGGGACAAAGCUUUGAAUAACUGCUUUCUAACACCGAAUGUGGCAAACAGGACAGAGCACAUCACAAAUCUAGGCAGGUGUGAGGUAGUGUAGCUGAGAUUUGCCUGCUCCCUCUGCAUGUCCUUUCUUGCCUCCAAAGUCUAAUCAAGUGAUCUUGGGAAAGAAAUGCCUGAGUUGGGGAGGGUGGUUCUGAAAGAAAAAGCUACGAAGACAUUAAAGCAGGGUGAGGGGUAGGCAAGUCGCUAAGUAACCUGACUCAGAACUCGAAAACCUUCUAGCAGCUUGAUGACAAUUACAGGAUUGAUUUCAGCCAGGGUAAUGCCUGGGGUACAUCAUUUUAUGACAAUAUUGCUUCAUGUUGUUAUAAACUGUAUGUAUAGUAUGUAUGUGAUAUGGGUGUGUAUAUACAUAAUAUAUAUUACAUAUAUAUAUAUAUAUGUGUAUAUAUAUAUAUAUAUAUGAGAGAUUUAGUGACUUUUGAUACGGGUUUGGUGCAGGUGAAUUAAUUACUGAGCCAAAUGAGGCACAUACCAAGUCAGUAGUUCGAGUCCAGGGCAUUUAAAGGGCAUUUAAUACUUUCUAUGAUUUCCAUAUAUGUAUAGUGCCUACCCCAUGCAGUAGCUUCACAAAGACAUCUCCAGAACUCAUGAAUCAGAGCCAGCGAUAUUUUGUUUGUAGACAAUCAACUUGAAUCUAUAAGUUAUUACUGGCAGAUAAUUAUAAUUGAGACCAUAGCAUUAACAAAUGGAAACCCAGAGCAUCUUGAGUUCUUGUUUUGUUUUGUUUUGAUCCUGGAAGUCAAUAGAACAGCUGUGUAUGUGGUUAUGUUAGUCUCAUGAUAAUUUGCUGACCUUAUUAUUUCAGAAAAAUUUUGUGUGUAUUAUAUUUGUGGGAAGGUAAAAUAAUGCUUUGAGAUUUUUAUCAAAUAUGGAGAGUAGUUAUUUAUGAAAAACAAAGAAAUGUCUAUUUUUGUUUCUUUGUUCCCAACUAAUGUAGAUAAAUUUUAAAGUGCAUUAAAGCAAUGGUAAAGAAAA